AUGAACGCCAAGGACAAUAGUGACCCAAGUGCCCUGAAACAUGGAUGGAUACCCCGAAUGACGCAACGCCCAGAACGAGCGAGUGAUGAAUACCCUGAAGGACGACCCAGAAUCCCGGAUGCCGAUGACUUCGAGUGGAGCACUCUGAAUGCCGACGGUAGCCUGAAGUACAUCCCGGAUGCCGGACCUUGA